AUGGCAGGGGAUGUCACCUAUGCGGCCGUGGCGAUGCUGCCGAGGGAAAGGCUGCACGCUCCCUCUGGGACAUCAAACCCAGGAAACAUGAUCACAUAUGCUGAGCUGCAUGUGAAGCCUCAACCCCAAGGGAACAGCAGAGCAGAGACUUCCGCAGCUGGCUGCCGGCAGAGGUGCUCAGCCUGGUUCUACGUGGCACUGGUCCUGGGUGUCCUCAUGCUCAUUUUCCUGGGAGUCGUGGUCAUACAAGCCAAGCAAUUUUCAAAGGGCAGAGCAGGAAAAUCAGAAAGUUUGCCCCAGUAUGGUCUGAACAGCAACAGCAGUGACAUUUCUUCAGAGAGGACCGUCUCAGCAGCGCUCCUGAAAUGGCUCAUGGAGGAGCUGUGUGAAGAUGGACAGGGGACAACAUGCGAGCUGUGUCCCCCUGGGUGGCAGCUGCACGGGGGCAGAUGUUACUUCUUCUCUGAGGAGGCCAGGAGCUGGGAGGACAGCCGGAAAAACUGCCUGGCCAGGAAAUCCCAGCUGCUUGUCACUGAGAAUGAAAUUGAGAUGGAAUUUAUAGACAACAAAGAGAAAGAUACCAAAUAUAUCUGGAUUGGCUGGAACAGUGAAGUCAUGGGGAAACAACGGAGUUCAGUGGAAGAUCACAGAGUAAAAGAAAAUAGCAGGACAGCUCUAAAAGGAAUCGAGGCUGACAAGAACUGUCCUGUUUACAGAAGGAAAAAUGUGAUCCAGGCAGACAACUGCCAGACGUUAAAGAAGUGGAUCUGUAAGAAGAACGCAACUUUGCUGGUGCUCUGAGCUACAUUUCCAGAACACAGGCAGAGCUUCUUGUCAGAAGACCCGUUUGCUCAUAAACCAACUUGUGAUGUAAACAAAUUUUAUCAGACUUGCAGGGAGAUUUGCACUUUGCUGUGCUGUGCUCCCGAAGAAGUUAGAAGACAGGUCCUGCAACAGGGCUGCAAGCUGGCACAUGUGGAUUUGGGGGUGCUGAGCCUUCACAUGGACAGACUGUGGCAGCAGCUGUCUCAGGAAAGGGCACAGGAGAAGAGAUACUCCUGAGGAGGAGCACUGUGCACAUGAACUGUGUGAUGUGCAGGAAUUAUGGCCCCUGUGGGGAAUGAAGGCGAUGCUGGGUCCACUGCUGUCACCCCUGCCUCAGGCAGCUGCCGAGCUGAGGACUUCUUAUCUUGGUUUCAGGAGUUUUGUGUUUUCUGAAGUUUGUGAUUUUGGUUUUUUUCCCCUGGGAUCUAACUGUGACUCACAGAAGCCAUGUGAGGGCUGGAAAAAAAUGCAUUUAUUGGACAAUGUCUUAUUCAAAGCUGCUGCACAGCUACUGGGUGUAGACAGCAGACCAGGCAUGGAGUGACUUGUAACACUUGUGGUUAAUGUGCUGAUUGCUCCCAUCCUCUUCUGACGCUGAACCUUGGAAUCUGGAGGGAUUAACUAGGGAAGGGGCUUGGACUGUAAGACAACAUUGCAGUGCAAGGAAGUAAAGUUGAUAACCUUCCUCUCCACCUAUAUUUCGUCCCCCUACAUUUCAAGUUCUAAUGCGGAACCACAGUUAUGGUAUGAUGAGGUACCAAAGCCAAAGACUGAUGAAAUUAAUACCUGUGAGUGCACUCAGUAAAUGUAUUGCUUAGGCAUUGAAGGGUCAUGAAUAAAUGCUAUUUCUGGGUCUGGAAUACAAAAAUGCUAAGAGCAUUCUGACCUAGUGCCUUUGUUAGAUUCAGAUAUUUGAAAAGAAUGAAGAAAUGUCAUGAAUUGAAGUUGUACUCUAACAAAAAUGGCACAGAUUGGAAUUUAAGUCCUUAUAGCAAUGAGAAAGAGAAACAAGUCUAACAUGGCUUUUGAGAUGUAGAGCCUUUAAGCUCAUUUUUGCUGUGAUAUGCACAAAUAAAGGCAGCUGCAGUUUCAGAGAGAUGUUUUUUCACACUUGAACAUGCCUGGGGAGGGUUAAUGUCCAGCACUUUGGGGUUGCAGAUUAAAAAAGUGAACUGUACCCUCAGAGACUUCCCUUCAAACAACAACAACAAAAAAAGUCCAAACACAGAUUUACCCUGUAGAAUGCAGCACCAGCAGCUCAAGACUCAUAUGAGAAACUGCUGUUAUGUAAGAGGAAACAACAACAACAAAAAUCCCCCAAACUCAGCACAGCACGUGAGGGGAGGAGGAUUGAUUUUUUCACUCUAGACAGAGAAGCAAAGAAAAGGAAGGAGUCUGAAAUGAGUAAAAUAACUAUCUAUACCUAUAAAAUACAUGCUUUAUAGAGAGAUAAGUUCUCACUGCUGAGAAAUUCUAACUUCAGCAUCACUUACUCACAGCACACCCUUCCCCAUGCAGUGGAGUUGACAAUUGCUGGUUUUAUGGCAGAUCUUUCUUGAUUCAUGCUGAAUUUAACAAGAAAAGCAAACUUCCGCGUGCUGCUUCUCUCAAAUUAGUUGUGGUGUUAAGGUUUUAACAAUAUUCAUGAAACAUCUGCUAUUUGGGCCUUCUCGCUAUUAUUCAUGUAAUUAAACAAGUUUUUUGCAGGGCCCUACUGAAGCUCUUACCUACAAUUUAGGCAGUCACUGAUUUAAAAAGAAAAAGAAAUUACCAUUGUAGUACUUUAUCAAACCCCACUCUGGGUAAAGCACGUUGGCAGAGUUUGCAGCUUGACCCUUCUUUUCUUAACAUCACAGAAGAAGAGAUGUUCCU